AGAACCACCGCAAGCCGUCGUGGAGCUCCUCUUAGGAAGGGCGAGGGCGGGCGCCUUCUGGCUGGCGCCCGUCUUUAGCGCCCGGGGGCUGGGUCAUGCCUACGGGCUCCCUGAGGGGCUCCGAGGAGCUGCCGGAGCCUCAGAUGGACCUGAGGGAGCUGCAGCUGGAAUACCGGGCGCCGGCCCGCUCUAAGCGGCGUCCCCGAGGUGAAACGUGCCUUUCGGUGGAUAAUUCCUCCGCUGCGGAAGAGGAAGAAGAAGAGGAGGAAGACGACGAGGAGGAGGACGAGGAGGACGAGGAAGACGAGGAGGCUGUGGCGAGCAAAAAGAAGCGCACGAAGGGAGCCUCCGGGACCGGGGAAGGCGGCGGAGUUAAAAGGCAACCGGCGGCGGGCCGGAGCGCGGCGGCCGCAACCCCGGAGUGCAAGCAGUCGCAGCGCAACGCGGCCAACGCGCGCGAGCGAGCCCGCAUGCGCGUGCUGAGCAAAGCCUUCUCGCGCCUGAAAACCAGCCUGCCCUGGGUGCCUCCGGACACCAAGCUCUCCAAGCUGGAUACGUUGCGCCUGGCCUCCAGCUACAUCGCCCACCUCCGGCAGUUGCUGCAGGACGACUGCUACGAGAAGGGCUACGUGCAUCCGGUCAACCUGACUUGGCCGUUUGUGGUUUCAGGAAGACCAGAAUCUGACACCAAAGAUGUCUCAACAGCCAACAGAUUAUGCGGAACUACAGCUUAGUUAAAGUAAACAGUGCUCUCACGGGGUGUGUUUACCAACUACUUUGACUUCUACGGACCAAAACAAACUGAAAUGAUGAAAAGUAACUACAUUGUGUGUCUAAAUUCUCUGCUUGUUCACUUGGAAAGAAAACUGCACUUAAAAUAUAGUAUGAAGUAGGAAAGAGAGUUCACUGAACUUCAGUUACAAUGGUGGGUUUAAAAAGUCUAGGCAUUUUUUUGCAUCAUUUUCUAAAGAACUAUUCUAAAACUUUUUGACUAACAGAAGACAUACAGGAGGACAACUGUUAAAAUUAAUAGCAUGAUCCCAAUGGUAGGUUGUAUGAAGUAAUCCCAAGCAGUGUUAUUUGUAUACCAAAGGAAAAUAAUAUUCUAGACUAGUCCUUAAUGCAAAUUUAUAAUAUAUUUGAUCUUAUGUUCUUGGCAGCUAUGCAAUAGUAAGACUACUUCUGUCACCUUAGACAGUUUCUUUUUAAAAUCAAAGACAAAAAGAUUGUAUCUGGUUGCUCCUUCACAGCCUGUUUCACAAAAGCAUUAAAUCAGAUUACUUGUGUUUAAGACAAGCAUACAUUUCAAUAAAUUGUUGGGAACUAAAUUUGCCAGGUAUUUAGUAGGUCAUGGAUCAAAGUCAAAGGUACAUUCUUGUUGAACUAACUGAUUCUACUUCUGUACUGUAGUACAGAGAAGGAUAUGUGAGGUUGCUUUAACCUGAAAUAAGAAGCUUCUUUAUUUGAAUCCAGGGGAGUUGGAUUCAAGAGUUGGAUAAAAGUUGGCCUUUUAUACUACAAGUGUUUUCUCUCAAGCUUUUCUGGUCCUAUGGAAUAUUAACCUUUAUACUGUUCUGUUUGCAAAUGUCGCAAUCAAUAUUUCAAAUGUAAAUAAUUAUAUUUUUAUACAUUAUAU